UAAUGCUCAGAAGUGCUGAGAGCGCUCCACGCAGUAGAUCGGAAAAGGGGAGGGGGUUGUAAACCGUCUACUAGUUUGGAUCAAACCACGUAAAAUUAGUCUAAAAGGCGACUAACAUCAGAUGUCCCGGGGAUCCCGCCAUUGGUGGCCUGUUUUGGGACCGUGGUGAAUACUUACAGGCUGUUCCUGCUCACAAAGAGACGUGCCGAGGAAGGACGCGUCUUUUGAAUAGACAGGAUGCACGGACCGCCCUCCGGCGACAGCGCAUGCCCCUUGCGCACGAUCAAGAGAGUACAGUUCGGCAUCAUCAGCCCCGAUGAGCUUAAACGAAUGUCAGUUACGGAAGGGGGAAUCAAAUACCCAGAAACCACAGAAGGUGGUCGUCCGAAACUUGGUGGCCUUAUGGACCCGAGACAAGGUGUCAUAGAACGAAGUGGGAGAUGUCAGACGUGUGCAGGUAACAUGACUGAAUGCCCGGGACAUUUUGGGCACAUUGAACUGGCAAAACCAGUUUUCCACGUCGGCUAUGUUUCCAAGAUCAUGAAAGUUCUACGCUGUGUCUGCUUCUUUUGUUCCAAGCUAUUAGUAGAUUCGAACAAUCCUAAGAUCAAAGACAUCCUUGGCAAAUCCAAAGGGCAGCCCAGGAAGCGUUUGACACAUGUGUAUGAGCUGUGCAAAGGUAAAAAUAUCUGUGAAGGAGGAGAGGAGAUGGACAACAAGUUUGGGAUGGAGCAGCAGGAGACCGAGGAAGACAUCACAAAGGAGAAGGGCCAUGGAGGUUGUGGGCGCUACCAGCCACGUAUCAGGCGCUCUGGCCUGGAGCUCUAUGCAGAGUGGAAGCAUGUCAAUGAAGAUUCUCAGGAGAAGAAAAUCCUGCUGAGCCCUGAGAGAGUGCACGAGAUCUUUAAACGCAUCUCGGAUGAAGAAGACCUCAUCUUGGGCAUGGAUCCCAAGUUUGCGCGACCGGAAUGGAUGAUCGUCACUGUGCUUCCUGUACCUCCGCUGGCUGUCAGGCCUGCUGUGGUCAUGCAGGGCUCUGCUCGCAACCAGGAUGACCUGACCCACAAGCUGGCUGACAUCGUCAAAAUAAACAAUCAGCUGAGGAGAAAUGAGCAAAGUGGUGCGGCAGCUCACGUUAUUGCAGAAGAUGUUAAGUUGCUUCAGUUCCACGUGGCCACCAUGGUGGACAAUGAACUUCCUGGCUUGCCAAGAGCGACGCAGAAGUCGGGCCGGCCUCUCAAAUCUCUCAAACAGCGUUUAAAGGGGAAGGAAGGCAGAGUCCGAGGUAACCUGAUGGGCAAGCGUGUUGACUUCUCAGCGAGAACUGUCAUCACCCCAGACCCAAAUCUCCAAAUUGACCAAGUGGGCGUCCCACGAUCUAUCGCAGCCAAUAUGACCUUUCCGGAAAUUGUCACGCCCUUCAACAUUGACAGAUUGCAAGAGCUGGUGCGACGAGGCAACAGCCAGUAUCCCGGGGCCAAAUACAUCAUCCGUGACAAUGGAGACAGAAUCGACCUGCGAUUUCACCCUAAACCAAGUGACCUUCAUUUGCAGAUUGGCUACAAGGUGGAAAGACACAUGUGUGACGGAGACAUCAUCAUUUUUAACAGACAGCCCACUUUACAUAAGAUGUCCAUGAUGGGGCACAGAGUUCGAAUUCUGCCCUGGUCCACAUUCCGACUCAACCUCAGCCUGUGGUCUGCCUUCAGUGUCACCACCCCCUACAAUGCUGACUUCGACGGAGACGAGAUGAACCUCCACCUGCCACAAUCCCUUGAGACGAGGGCAGAGAUUCAAGAGCUAGCCAUGGUGCCACGUAUGAUUGUCACACCUCAGUCCAACAGGCCCGUCAUGGGAAUUGUGCAGGACACGCUCACCGCCGUGCGCAAAUUCACCAAGAGAGACGUCUUCUUGGAGAGGGGCGAAGUCAUGAACCUCCUCAUGUUCCUCUCCACCUGGGACGGAAAGGUGCCCCAGCCGGCCAUCCUUAAGCCCCGCCCACUGUGGACUGGCAAACAGAUUUUCAGCCUGAUAAUUCCCGGGCACAUCAAUGUCAUUCGUACACACAGCACCCAUCCUGACGAUGAGGACAGCGGUCCUUACAAACACAUCUCACCAGGAGACACCAAGGUCAUAGUGGAAAAUGGUGAGUUGAUCAUGGGCAUCCUGUGUAAGAAGUCUCUGGGAACGUCAGCCGGCUCCCUCGUCCACAUUUCCUACUUGGAGAUGGGACAUGAUAUCACUAGACUGUUCUACUCCAACAUUCAAACUGUGGUCAACAACUGGCUGCUCAUUGAAGGUCAUUCCAUCGGUAUUGGUGACUCUAUUGCUGAUGCCAAGACUUACCUUGACAUCCAGAACACCAUCAAGAAAGCCAAACAGGAUGUGAUAGAGGUCAUCGAGAAGGCCCACAACAACGAGCUAGAGCCAACCCCUGGAAACACAUUGAGGCAGACCUUUGAGAACCAGGUGAAUCGUAUCCUCAACGACGCUCGUGACAAAACUGGUUCCUCUGCUCAGAAGUCUCUGUCAGAGUACAACAACUUUAAGUCUAUGGUGGUGGCCGGAUCCAAGGGCUCCAAGAUUAACAUCUCACAGGUUAUUGCUGUGGUGGGGCAGCAGAACGUGGAGGGUAAACGAAUCCCCUUUGGCUUCAAACACCGCACAUUACCUCACUUCAUCAAAGAUGAUUACGGCCCUGAGAGCAGAGGCUUUGUAGAGAACUCUUACCUGGCUGGCCUGACUCCAACGGAGUUCUUCUUCCAUGCCAUGGGAGGCAGAGAAGGUCUUAUCGACACAGCUGUAAAGACGGCUGAGACGGGUUACAUCCAGCGGCGUCUGAUCAAGUCCAUGGAGUCUGUGAUGGUCAAGUAUGACGGCACAGUGCGCAACUCCAUCAACCAAGUGGUGCAGCUGCGUUAUGGAGAGGAUGGCCUCGCUGGAGAGAAUGUGGAGUUCCAAAAUAUGGCAACGCUCAAACCAUCAAACAAAUCUUUUGAAAAAAAGUUCCGGUUUGACUGCACCAACGAGCGAGCACUGAGACGAACGCUGCAAGAAGACGUGGUGAAAGACGUGAUGACCAACGCUCUUGUGCAGGGAACUCUGGAGAGAGAGUUUGAGAAGAUGAAGGAGGACAGGGAGAGCCUCCGAACCAUUUUCCCUACCGGUGACAGUAAGGUGGUGCUGCCAUGCAACUUGGCAAGAAUGAUCUGGAACGCUCAGAAGAUCUUCCGUAUCAACACGCGCACCCCGACUGACCUCAAUCCAAUUCGAGUUGUUGAUGGUGUUCACGAGCUGAGUAAGAAGCUGGUGAUUGUGAAUGGUGAGGAUCCGCUAAGCAGACAGGCCCAAGCGAACGCCACUCUGCUCUUCAACAUCCAUUUGCGCUCCACACUCUGCUCCAAGCGUAUGACGGAAGAGUUCCGUCUUACCACCGAGGCUUUUGACUGGUUGCUGGGAGAGAUUGAGACCAAGUUUAACCAAUCUAUUGCCCACCCAGGAGAAAUGGUUGGUGCUUUGGCUGCUCAGUCUCUUGGAGAACCAGCCACACAGAUGACCCUAAACACUUUCCAUUAUGCCGGUGUGUCGGCCAAGAACGUCACACUUGGUGUACCACGUCUGAAGGAGUUAAUCAACAUUUCCAAGAAGCCCAAAACACCCUCGCUCACCGUUUUCCUGCUGGGCCAGGCCGCCCGGGAUGCAGAACGAGCCAAAGACAUCCUCUGUCGACUGGAGCACACUACACUGAGAAAGGUCACGGCCAACACUGCCAUCUACUACGAUCCGAACCCCCAAAACACUGUGGUCGCCGAGGACCAGGAGUGGGUGAAUGUCUACUACGAGAUGCCAGAUUUUGACGUGACUCGCAUUUCCCCGUGGCUGCUGCGUAUUGAGCUGGACCGCAAGCAUAUGACUGAUCGCAAGUUGACAAUGGAGCAGAUUGCAGAGAAAAUCAAUGCAGGUUUUGGAGAUGACCUCAACUGCAUAUUUAAUGAUGACAACGCUGAGAAACUCGUUCUGCGAAUCCGAAUCAUGAACAGCGAUGAGAACAAGUUCCAAGAUGAUGAGGAGGUGGUGGACGAAAUGGAUGACGACGUUUUCCUAAGAUGCAUUGAGUCCAACAUGCUGACAGACAUGACACUUCAAGGCAUCGAGCAAAUCAGCAAGGUGUAUAUGCACCUGCCCCAGACGGACAAUAAGAAGAAGAUCAUAAUUACAGAGGACGGAGAGUUCAAGGCCCUGCAGGAGUGGAUCCUUGAGACUGAUGGUGUAAGCCUCAUGAGGGUCCUCAGUGAAAAAGACGUCGAUCCUGUCAGGACCACGUCCAAUGACAUUGUGGAGAUCUUCACGGUGCUUGGUAUUGAGGCUGUGCGAAAAGCUCUGGAAAGGGAAUUGUAUCACGUCAUCUCAUUUGACGGCUCAUACGUCAACUACCGUCACUUGGCGCUGCUUUGUGACACCAUGACGUGCCGCGGUCACCUGAUGGCCAUCACGCGUCACGGCAUCAACCGUCAAGACACAGGGCCGCUCAUGAAGUGUUCCUUUGAGGAGACUGUGGAUGUGUUGAUGGAGGCUUCAUCUCACGGAGAAAGUGAUCCGAUGAAGGGCGUGUCUGAGAACAUCAUGCUCGGCCAGCUCGCUCCCGCUGGAACGGGCUGCUUUGACCUGCUGUUAGAUGCUGAGAAGUGCAAAUACGGCAUGGAGAUCCCCACAAACAUUCCUGGCAUCAGCGUGGCCGGACCCACCGGCAUGUUUUUUGGCAUGGCGCCGAGUCCCCUGAGUGGAAGAUCCCCCGCUAUGACCCCGUGGAACACUGGAGCAACACCAGCCCAUGGUGCCUGGUCCCCCAGUAUUGGAAGCGGCAUGACCCCCGGGGCAGCGGGCUUCUCACCAAGUGCAGCCUCAGAUGCAAGUGGCUUCUCACCUGGUUAUUCACCGGCUUGGUCCCCCACUCCUGGCUCCCCGGGUUCUCCUGGACCUGCCAGCCCCUACAUCCCAUCUCCAGGUGGCGCCAUGUCUCCCAACUACUCACCCACUUCCCCUGCCUACGAGCCUCGCUCCCCAGGUGGCUACACCCCCCAGAGCCCAGGAUACUCACCAACAUCACCUUCCUACUCACCAACUUCCCCCUCUUACUCCCCCACCAGCCCCAACUACAGCCCAACGUCUCCUUCCUACUCUCCCACCUCGCCCUCCUACUCUCCCACAUCGCCCUCCUACUCCCCUACAUCUCCAUCCUACUCUCCAACCUCCCCUUCUUACUCGCCGACCUCCCCAUCUUAUUCCCCAACAUCUCCCUCAUACUCUCCGACUUCGCCCAGCUACAGCCCCACUUCGCCUUCAUACUCCCCGACCUCGCCUUCAUACUCCCCGACCUCGCCUUCAUACUCCCCGACCUCGCCUUCAUACUCCCCGACUUCUCCGUCUUACUCGCCCACAUCACCGUCUUACUCACCCACCUCUCCCUCCUACUCGCCAACUAGCCCCAGCUACAGCCCCACAUCGCCAAACUAUACGCCCACAUCGCCCUCCUACUCUCCUACAUCGCCCUCCUAUUCUCCUACAUCACCCUCCUACUCCCCAACCUCCCCCAACUACACGCCGACCAGCCCAAACUACUCCCCGACUUCCCCCUCGUACUCCCCAACCUCUCCGUCUUACUCGCCCUCCAGUCCACGUUAUACUCCUCAGUCGCCUACCUACACGCCAAGCUCACCUUCAUACAGCCCCAGCUCCCCGUCCUACUCGCCCACCUCACCAAAGUACACCCCGACCUCACCCUCAUACAGUCCUAGCUCACCUGAAUACACCCCAACAUCCCCCAAGUACUCCCCAACAUCCCCCAAGUACUCCCCAACAUCCCCCAAGUACUCCCCAACAUCCCCCACCUACUCCCCGACGACACCCAAAUACAGCCCCACCUCGCCCACCUACUCCCCCACCUCUCCAACGUACACACCCACCAGCCCAAAAUACUCCCCUACUUCGCCAACCUAUUCCCCAACUUCACCAAAGUACUCGCCCACGUCGCCUACCUACUCGCCAACUAGCCCGAAAGGAUCCACUUACAGCCCCACCUCGCCAGGAUACAGCCCCACCUCGCCCACCUACAGCCCAGCCAUCAGCCCAGACGACAGCGACGAGGAGAAUAACUGAGGGUCUGCAAAGGAGGAGGCGAGGCAGCUGAGGGUGGACCAUGAUACAUUUUAGCCAUCUGAGCAGUCUUUACUUCCCCGAAAUAGUUGAAACUAUUAUAUGAAAAACUAACUCAUUUGCCUGAAGGGAGGAAAAAGUCUGCCGCCCGCACACAGCAUUGAAGCGAAUUCCCAAAAGGGUUGAGGAAAAGGAUGACGCUGAAGAUAUUGUAUUUUUUUCCCCUCUAGUUUACUGCAUUCAGCCUCUCAUUUGCGAUGUUGGACGUAAAGCUGUUUUGGAGAAGCGUACAUUUUGCCAAAAGCGCUUUGAAACGUGUAAUGGAGGAGGAAUAGUUCAGAUUUUUGUUUACUGCCUGGUGUUGCAGUGUGUCUUGUGGAUGGAAAAGAACUGACAAACAUCCGAUAAAUGACAUGCUGACCAUCUACUAUCCUCGCUGCUUCCUCCUUCACCCCUUCAAAAACUGAAUAUGAUGUCAUGAAAACACUUACCAGCGCACACACACCCACACACGCACACGCACCCACACGUCCUCCGGGAUUUUGAAGACAUUUGCAUUAAAGGCAAAAACAAUAGUGUUAUUUCCCUAGCAUAUAUCAUUUUAUUUUCUCUUUUAAGUUUUAACUUUCUGAAGAAAUGGGUGGUGCGUUGAGCAUUCUUUCCAUGGGUAGCAUCAUCCAACUUCAUGUGGACAUAUUCCCAGACCCUCCUUUGUAUUGCAAAUCAAUGUUUGUACCCUUUUUCUGUUUGUCAUUUGGACUAUUCCAUUUAUUUAAAGGUUAAGCUAUGGAUAAAGCACAAUUGCAAUAUAUAUAUAUAUAUAUAUA